AAAUGAUGGCAUCAGGCAACACUGUCAUCCGAUGCUCUCUGUUUUUUGCUUAAAAAUGGAGAUGCACAAUACUUUAAGUAUUGUACUUUUGCUAGCUUUAGUUAUAUCUUCUGUACUCGCUGAAAUAUUUUCAGACUGUGGCGGUACCCGUGAAGGCCCCAGUGGUGCAAUCGUGUCACCCAACUACCCCAGCAGUUACCCCAACAAUGCCAGAUGUAACUGGACUAUCACAGCUCAGGCCAACGAGAUAAUUGACCUGAAGUUCACCUUUCUUGAUCUCGAUGGCUACGCCGAUUCGUGUCCUGAUGUGGUGACCGUAUACGACGGCGACACCAACCGGGCCACCCCCAUACAGCAGCUGUGUAGGCUGAAGGAGAAAGCCGAACUAAACAACUUGUACAUCCGCUCCACAGGGAACAAAAUGUUCGUCACGUUUUUAUCUGAUGCCACUAACGUUAGGCCUGGAUUUCUGGCAACCUUUGAAGCACACGAAUGUCCAGCUAUGACGUACGGUACCGAGAAAUGUAACCAUACCUGUGACUGUAACCGGGACAACACCGCCUACUGUAGUAACCUCAACGGAAGAUGUUACUGCAAGCCUGGUUGGACGUCCGCCCGCUGUGACGUGGACAUCAACGAAUGCGCGGACCUCCAAGUAGACAGGUGCCCGUACGAUUACGUCACCUGCGUCAACACGCCGGGGAACUUUACCUGCGAUUGCCUGCCCGGGCUGGUCAAGAACGCCAGCAGUCGGUGUGUAGCAAAACCCAACACCAGAUGUGUACUGCAGUGUUCCCAUUUGUGUGGAAUCUCAGACGAUUCAGUGGAACAUUGUUACUGCCCUUACUACAUGCUGCUCAACGGCACCAACUGUGAAGCAUGUAAACCUAUGACCUACGGCAAGAGCUGUGAGCGCACGUGCAGGUGUAACACUGCUCACACGGUCACGUGCAACAGUGUGACGGGUCAGUGCGUGUGUGCUGAAGGCUGGUCAGGUGUCGACUGUUCCCUGGACGUCAACGAGUGCGCGUUGAGCAAAUACCUGAGCAUCUGCAGCGCGAGCCCGAACAUGGUGUGUGUCAACACGGUGGGCAGUUACAGGUGUGAGUGUGUUGCUGGGUACGAAACUAAACCAGGGAACAGCAGCUGCGUCAGGAAAGGAAAAUAG